CGCCAUGAUCCUCUCGGGUCUUCUUCCACGUCGCUCACCUGUCCUUCUAUCUGAUCCAACCCAACACCAACGCCAACACCGCAGCCAACGCCGGUACACCGAUAUCAGCACCAAGCACCAAGAACCAAGCACAGCACCGACACCAACAGCAACAUACCGCUUAUGCCAGGCUAGCCAGUCCCAUCCAGCCAAGUCAAAAUUUAGAAACAUCACAACAUCCUCCAAUGGCUACCCGCAGACGCUCAGGUACCGCAGGACGCCAUGCACACUAGACACAGACACACAACACACGCUCCUUCACUCACACACACCCCUCUUUUCUUCUCGUCUGCUCACCCCCCCUGUUCCUGUUCCUGUUUCUGUUCCUGAGUCUCUUCCACUCACCUCUCUCUCUCUCUCUCUCUCAGUCUCAACUCUCAACUCCUCACAAUUCUCCCGCUCAGAAGCCAAGCCUUCACCCGCCCGCCCUCGUCUCGUCUUCUUGUCUUCACCCCUCCCCCCCUGUUCAUGGACCCCGACACACAACUCAUCCUCCGAACGCUCCACCCAGAGAUCCACCUCUCCACUGUCUUGAACCUGAUGCGUUGUGUGCAGCUCGGUUCGUUCGUUUCUUCCCACUCGUCACGGACGGUUUCUCUUGACCACAGACACCACCACACUAGGCACAGGAACCCGCAACUGACCACCACCAUUCUCUUUGGCUCUGCUCAUACACAUUCUCACGCACACACACACACUUACUCGCUCUCAGCUUCUCGCCUCCCCCCUCCUCCUACACACGCGCACACCACACUAAAGGAUCUCGACAUCCUGUCCUGCAUCACGGAUCAUGGCCACACCCCCGGAAAGGCCCCAUAAUAUCCUUGCGGGAUUAUUCACAUGCCGUCGUUCCCAAGCGGGUGCACGGUUGUACAGCUUAUCCCUACCCUGUCUCUCAGUCUCUCCAAGCACACUCUUCCUCGCCGUACGGAGUAUGCACCAAGUUGUGUGUACAUGUCUAAGUGCGUGGUGUAUCCGCACAUCGUAGGUGCGUGGCUGCAAAGGUGGCCCAAGGUGCCACCGCCCGUCAAUCUUUACAUCGUUCCCAUGUCAGUGCUGCCGCAAGUGCCGCAUCCAAGGAAACCAGGUGCUCUCUACUACGUUUCCCACACCUACAUGGCAGCCAUAUACAUAACCCCAGGACAGCCGCCCACUAUCUUCGUAUUCGAUCUCCGCGAGCCUCUCUUCCUCGUCUCCAACCCCUUCCCUUCCCUUACUUGAAGGUCUCCAGCAUCAACCGGCUCCCAACGUCAAUCUUGGAGUCGUGGAACCUGAUCUCUGGUCCGUCUGUCAUCCUGACCUGGUGCCGAGAUCAUUCACCCAAACUGUUUGUCACCCUUUCCUAUAAUCUCUUAUUUUCCUUGAAUGUCUAUUUGUCGGUUUAUUACUAUUACGGAAGAACCCAAAAGCCCAGUGGUGCAAGUUGUCCAUGGCGCUCGGCACCAUUUGAAUACUGGAUUGUAAUACGAACAUUGGGUUGUUCCAUUUAUUAUAUCGGGCUGGCCCAUCCACGCCGAAACGGCAUAUAAUACCUACUGGACGAUGUCGAGGACGAAACUGCUCUCAGCGGUGGUUUGGCUUUCCAGCCUCUCAUUACCUACCAGAGCCUUUAUUCGAAGAGACGACCUUACCGAUUUCGAAACUGGAGAGGAAAGACAAGGCAAGGGCAAGGGCAAAGGAAAAGGAAAGGGAAAAGGCAAAGAAGGCGUACCGAAUGUUCCCGUCACGACACCCGGACUCGACGCCCUGCCUACAACCGGUACCGAUCCUGCGCCUGUCCUCGGGCCUGGGACGAACAAUGGGGAUCCAAACAAUCCCAACAAUGGAGGUGUGACCUGGCUCAACCCUGGCACUGAACACUCAGUCUGCGAUGCCUUCACCCAUCUGCCGUUUUCAUCACACCGACGAUCUCAUCCGAGCCCCCGCCUUACCUCACCUGACUGACUCUUUGGACACCUCCGGACAUUUCCUUUCCGUUUUGCUCUCAUUUGACUUACAUACGAAUUGGAUAAAGAGCUAACACAUCUUCACAGCACCUCCCCAUAACGAGGAACCGCCCCCUCCUCCUUCGGAAAACCCUCAGGUCCCGGAAAACCCUCCAAAUCAGGACCCCCCUCCACCCCCUCCCCCACCAGAGGAACCACCGCCGCCGCCGCCUCCUCCAGAAGCGCCGGCUCCUCCGCCUCCACCCCCGGAGACCACCGCACCGCCGCCUCCGUCUCCCCCGGCGCCUACCACCACCUCGGUUGAGAGUCGAAGGGCAACGACAACCCCAAGAUCUAGUCCCUUAGUCUCAACUUCGAGACCUCCGGUGCCAUCGGUCUCGUCUUCUCCAACCCCAAUUCGCUCGUUUCCUCCACCGGUCUUUUCACAGCCGAGUGCACCCCCGCCAAACUUUCCCCAGCCGUUUCCGCGACCAAGUUCAACACCAAAGGUUUCUCAGUCAAGCUCAACGACAUCUCUCAUCGUUGUACUUCCGCCGCCAACUUCAGUUCCACUGACCACGUUGCCGCCACCUGCUCAGCCGACUGAUGCUGGGAGCAGGAGUUCGAACCUGCCGGCGCCAGCUGCACCAAGCUCAACCUCUUUGACUGACCAGCACGGCGCCAUGAGCGGAAAUAAAUCACAGGGUAUUGAGGGCAACCGUGGCCUUGUGGUUGCUCUGAGCACUGUACUCUCUGUGCUUGGAGUGAUCAUUAUUAUCGGGGCCAUCUUUCUCUGCUACCGUUACCGCCGUGGCCGCCUGCCAUUCAGCCGCCGGGGCAACAGCCCGAUUGAUGACGAGGAGAUCGAAUCGUGGAAGGCCUGCCGGACAAUUGAGAAAUGCACGACCGUGGUCGUGGAUAAACAUGACUCGGCUGGUUCUAUUCGCAAGCCAGCUAGCGUGAUUGUCUAUCAAAAUCACAACCAGCACCAGCCGCGCCCUUCUACGGAUACCGCACCUCGCUCUCUGUAUCACAAGCGGAGCAUGGACAAGAAGAGUAUUGAUAUCCCUCAAACUCCCGUUCUCGCACGAGCCCCAAACGCCCGCGUUGGCCUCACUGACGACGCUGUCGAGGGUGACCUCGCCUUCCUCCCAUCCCCCAAGCGACAGAACUCCAGACUGUCCAAGUUGCCGUCUCCUCGUCAUGGCAGACAUCGCAGCUCUCGCAGCAGCGCGAGUGUCGGUAGUCUGCGCGAGCAUUGGUAUGGCUACCACACCGACACGGAAAUGUCUCCCCGCCCUUCGGUGGAUCCUUACUCCCGGAUGCCUUCUUCGGCACACUCGGAUGGGAGGCACCAGCGGGUUUACUCGUCUCCCUCGAACCCUCCGAGGCUUUCACUUGAUGAGGAAUAUCACAUGGGUGGCCUCUCCCCACGCCCUUUCCUACGGCAAUCAGAAAUUGGUCUCGCAGUAGGCUGAAGUUACGAUUCACGAUUCUACGCCGGCCUAUGAGAUUUCUCUAACGCCGAGCCUUGUCUUACAACCAACCUUUACGAUUCUUGCACGAAUUCCUUUGCAACGAACCCUGCGGAUGACAGGAGCACGCCACACGCUAGGCUACGACAUUCGUUUCAGCCCUCGCGCUCUUCCCGCGGGACUGGAGAGAAGUGCGGGGUGUGCUAUCGCGCGGGACUUUUUGUUUCAUGUCCCGAAGGAUGGCAGCAUAUCUCAACUCCCCAUGUGGCUUAAAACCAUCACGAGGGUGGUGGGUGAGGCCAGCCAUAUCAAACUCAGAAUGGAAAUUCAUGGCUCAACAGUCCUCCCCGCCACCAUUACUCUUCCGGCUUCCUUCGCGAUACCCUCUUCACAGUGGCAUGCAAGGCCCGGUGGACGCAUCUAAUGCGACCUAACUCCCCUCUCAUGUUCCUCUUAAGUGAGCGAGCACCAUGACGCUUCAUAAUUGCCAUAUCUGGCAAGAAGCUUCGAUGUCUGAAACGACAUCUUUUCCCCCUUUAAUGGUGGCUCAUUGGAGUCACUCAUGACGGAAUGGUGAUGGAUAUACCCACAUGACAAACGGUCUACUUACAGCUGCAACGCAGCUCAUUUUCUAUAUCUUAGUCUCUAAAUACUUCGCCGGCCAACCAAACUUAGCCCCGAAACAAAUUCAAAUACAAGCC